CCUCUAUCUAUUUUAUAAAAAUAUUAUAAUUUUAAUAAUAACAUAUAGUUGCAUUUCUAUUAUAAAUACAUUUAUAUUAACAACUUUGUAUAUUACAUUAAUUUUUAUACUAAUUAAUUAUAUAAAAUGUGAGACACAAUAAAAAAAAAAGUGACUAUUUUUAAUAAUACCCAUUUUAAAUAGAUCUUGCUCCACCGAAUUUCCCCUUAAGUAUUUUGAUUUAGCAUUGAUUUAAAAAAUACUCGAAGAAACAGUUUCAAAGUGUGGUGGGUCGUCUCCUAAAGACGGUUCUUCCUGAGCUUCGAGUAGAAAGUGACUUCCCCAACGCAUUUGUCCCCAUUUCUAUUAUAUUCUUUCUUUACACUUUCUAUCGUUUCAUCUUUUCUCUUCUCUGCCCAAUAACACCGACAUUUUCAGUAAAGAAUCCUUCAUUUUAAUUUCAGGUCUUGCUCUUUUAUUUUAUUCAAGAUUGGAUUUUGGGAUUCAAAAACUUUGUUGCUAUUCAUAAAGUUUCAUUUUUUUACCCUUAAACAGUCUUGUAUUGGAAUGGGUUCUUCUUAGAAUUUCGGAAUUUUUAUUGGAUUUUGAUUUCUGGGUAGUCAAAGAUAAGCACGGAAGUGGAAAAACAACAACCCAGAAAAGAUUUUCAAAUAUGAAGAACAAAGGAUUUGAUUUAGCUCCUAAGAAUAUAGUUUCUAGAAAAUUAACACUUCUACUUUGCAUUGGGUGUUUUUGUGCAGGCAUGAUAUUCACUAGCAGAAUGUCAGCAGUACCAGAAGAGCAGGGUGUAUUCCGACGAGCUACAAUGGAGGACGGACGACAGAAUUUAAUUAAGGGGGACUGUGGUCCGAGAAAGAAGGAUGGGGAAAAUGAUUCUAAAAGUCUAAUUGGUGAAGUUUCAAAGACACGUCAUGCUGUACAAACUCUAGAUAAGACUAUAUCAAACCUUGAAAUGGAGUUAGCUGCUGCAAGGGCUACACAGGAAUCUAUGAUGGAAGGAUCCCCUGUGUCAGAACCUGGUAGCAAAAGGAAAUAUCUGAUGGUAGUUGGCAUUAACACUGCUUUCAGCAGUAGAAAACGAAGAGAUUCGGUCCGUGCAACUUGGAUGCCUCAAGGAGAAAAAAGAAGAAUAUUAGAAGAGAAGGGCAUCAUAAUGCGAUUUGUCAUAGGUCACAGUGCAACAGCAGGUGGUAUCCUAGAUAAAGCUAUUGAGGCGGAGGAUCAAAAACAUGGAGACUUUUUAAGGCUGGAACAUGUUGAGGGAUAUCUGGAAUUGUCUGCAAAGACAAAAAUAUAUUUUGCCACAGCUGUUGCUUUGUGGGAUGCUGAGUUCUACGUCAAGGUUGACGAUGAUGUCCAUGUAAAUAUAGCGACACUUGGAACAACCUUGAUUCGCCAUCGUUCAAAGCCUCGGGUGUACAUAGGAUGCAUGAAAUCUGGUCCGGUCCUUGCUCAAAAGUAUGUAGAAAUAAAUUUUAGACUAUCAGCUAACUACAUGAACCAAAACUAUGCAUUUACUGAUGUUUUUUCAUUUAUGAACAGGGGAGUAAGAUACCAUGAGCCAGAACAUUGGAAGUUCGGAGAUGAUGGAAACAAAUAUUUCCGGCAUGCUACAGGGCAGCUGUAUGCCAUUUCAAAAGAUUUAGCUACUUACAUAUCUAUUAAUCAGCAUGUGCUACAUAAGUAUGCUAAUGAAGAUGUCUCUUUGGGUUCUUGGUUUAUUGGUUUGGAUGUGGAGCACAUAGAUGACCGCCGAUUGUGUUGUGGCACUCCACCUGACUGUGAGUGGAAGGCUCAGGCAGGAAACGUGUGUGUUGCAUCAUUCGACUGGACAUGCAGCGGAAUUUGCAAAUCAGUUGAAAGGAUGAAGAAGAUCCAUCGACGGUGUGGUGAAGGAGAGAAUGCAUUGUGGAGCGCCUCUUUUUGAUCAUAAGACAUAAAACAACAAAUUUCCUCCAUAUCAGGAGGAUUUGAUCAAGUAUUUUUAGUAGUUUGAUCAAUGUAGCUAAUACCACUGUAUGUAAUUUUGGAUGUGUAAAAUUGAGUGAGAAAUCUCAGAGAGGGAUAGAGAGAGAGAGAGAGAGAGAGAGGGAAAUCAUAUAAAUAGUGUAGGAUUCUGUUCUGCUCUCCAUUUUAGAGUAGGAGAGAAGCAGAAAGAGAAUUGUUUUGGAUGAGCACAAAAAAGAAGCAAAAAGGGUUGCAUCUUGCAAGCCCCAAUAUUCUUUGAAUAAUGUUGAUGAUGUUAACAAUAAAAACAAUAAGUAAUAGUGUUAUCAUAUCCUUUAAAAGAUGUAAUUUCUUGCUUAUCUUUCAUCAUUAGUAUCAGAUGAAGACAUUAUGACUCUUCUUUGUCUUUCUUUUUCAAUAAAGUUGUUAACUUUGCGAAUAAUGGAGGAUAAUGCUCUUUAACAUUCUUUAAUAUUUCAUCUUAGUGAUUUCAACUUACCACCGGGCAGCGAUGAUAUUGCAUUUCCCCUCGUUGCUUUCUAGAAGUACACUAGAUUACAAAUAUCAAGUGUUAACUUUCUUUUUUAACUAUUGUUUUUAGAGAAAAUUACUCAAAACUAUCUAUUCUAUAGCACCCUCCGCAAAAAUUACCGAUUCUAAUUUUUUUUGCAAAAAACUACUUUAAAUGACAUAAAUGUUUGCAAUAGACUAUCUGAUGACGGUGUCAGUUAGUUGACCUUUAGUUCUAUGUUUGACUUUACAUAUGAAUUGCACGUGAUUUCAUUUAAAGCUAUAAAAUGUUCAAUUGGCGUCAUCUUUUCCUUUCCCUCCACUCUCAGUUGAUGAUUGCUCUCAUAGAUCAUGAAAGGCAUCCAUCAACACUCAAUUAAAACUUGAAUGCAACAUUAAUCAUCCCACCCAAUCAACUGCUAAGUUCUGUAAUUGUUAUUUAUUCCAUUAAUUUACCUCCAAAUUCGAAUUUCUCUCAUAUAUGCUCUGAAUCAGUACUUGAAUGCGUGGGUUUAUUUCAUUAAUCUACUCCCCAAUCUCGAUCCUCUGUUCUCUUUACUUGUUCUUCCUUUUUUUUUCGUUUGAGAUUUUGAAGCAUUCCUUCAUGUUCUGUUGAAUCAUUUGUUGUUAAUAGGAAAAAAAAAAGGAGAUUAUCAAAGGAAAAAAAGGUUAAUUUCAAGUGGGUAACUAAGCAAGGGUAAAUUCCUCUUUUCCAAAACCUUUUAAAAUUGAAUUCAUUUUCUAGGGUUUCUGAUUGCAUUUUAUUUGCUUGAAUUUAAUGAUGCUUGUUGAUUGUUGUAUAUGUGUUGUGAUCUAAUAUCUUUAUGUUGUGCUGCAAUUUCAUAACUGUAGAAAUGUAGCACAUUAUUAUUCUACAUACGAGAUGAUGAAUCUAGUGAACAUUCGUUUAUAUUUUGGUGGGUUUUUUGUUACC